UCCUGCCGAGGCGGCUCUGAGUCUGCGCGGCGGAGCGGCUGACGUCACAGACCAGCGCUGGCCGGAUCGGGCGGCUCUGAGUUUGCGCGGCGGCUGCAUCAUGGACGACGAGGAGGAGACAUACCGCCUGUGGAAGAUCCGCAAGACCAUCAUGCAGCUUUGCCAUGAUCGUGGAUAUUUAGUGACACAGGAUGAAUUGGACCAGACACUGGAUGAAUUUAGAGGUCAAUUUGGAGAUAAGCCAAGUGAAGGAAGACCGCGGCGAUCAGACCUGACUGUGCUUGUUGCUCAUAAUGAUGAUCCCACUGAUCAAAUGUUUGUUUUUUUCCCAGAGGAACCCAAAGUAGGGAUUAAAACCAUUAAAAUGUACUGUCAGCGCAUGCAAGAAGAAAAUAUUACCAGAGCUAUCAUUGUGGUACAGCAAGGGAUGACGCCAUCAGCGAAACAGUCUCUGGUUGACAUGGCUCCUAAAUAUAUCCUUGAGCAAUUUCUGCAACAGGAACUCUUAAUUAACAUUACAGAACAUGAGCUUGUUCCAGAGCACAUCGUGAUGUCAAAGGAGGAGGUUACAGAGCUGCUGGCACGAUAUAAGUUAAAGGAGAGCCAGUUGCCGAGAAUACAAGCAGGUGAUCCAGUGGCACGAUACUUUGGAUUGAAAAGAGGACAGGUGGUGAAGAUUAUAAGACCCAGUGAGACUGCAGGAAGAUACAUCACUUACAGAUUAGUACAGUGAGGCGUCCCACAGAUAUUUUUGGCGUGAAAAUGGGAGACAAUCCAAUGAGAAACAUUGAAAACUUUGUUCGUGCUUCGUUGCUUUGUACUCGUUCCUAACUCGUGCCAAGGAUGGUCUUUCAGUUAGUUCUAUAACUGUAUGUGUCCUGUCAUUUGUUUUUUUUAAAAUAAACUUUGUAAAAUAU